AUGUCUGACGCUGGAAGAAAAUCAUUUACCGACAAGGCUUCUGAAGCCGUUAAGCCUGACUCCCAGAAGGGCUACCUCGAGAAGGGUAAGGAGGUUGUUACUGACAAGGUCGACGAAUUGGCCGGCAAGGGUACCCCGGAGGACCAGAAGGGCCUUGGUCAGUCUCUUGCUGACAGCGCUCACCAGGGUAAAGAGGACGCCAAGAAGGAGGCUUCUAGCCAGCCAUCCUUGGGUGAGACCGCUCAGGAGUACCUUGAGGCUGCUAAGGAGAAGGCUUCUGAGGCUGCUGAGUAUGUUUCUCAAGUCGUCAGCGGUGCCACUGAGGGUGCUAAGAACGCUGCUGACUCCACCAAGAAAUAA